GCGCCUGUUACCUCUUGUGAGUGGUUCUACCUGUUCUUAAGACAGACUUUUACGUUCAGGGUCUCUUCGCUUUCUGCUGACUUCAGGGUAAUGCGUGUCUUUACUGAUAGAAAACCUGAAGUUGUUUUUUUUUUGCUGUGAAAGCUGGAAAACUGGAAAAUGUUCAAAAAUCAGUAUCAGGGUGGCCCAUCUGUUGAAAUAUUCAGUGCUCAAGGCAAAAACCCAGGAGCAAAAUGGAGGAUUUUUGGUAAUCCAUCAGCUAUUCGGAAAGAAUACGAUAAAGAAACAAAGGGCUUUGUUUUUGUACUUGAAGGAAGCAGUCAAUUAAACAGAAUGCAGCUACCAAAGGAAACCAGACAAACUCUGGGACUGAUUCAACCAUUCCUGACACUUCAGAUUUUGGUGCCGUUGGGACAAGAUUUCUCCACUGAGUUACUGAUAACUGAUUUAGGAAAUAUUAAAAGAAGAUUAUAUUUAUCAACAGUCCACAAGGAGUUGUCUGUAACCCCUCUGCAUGCAAAAAUUCCUCUGUUUAUGAUCAGGCGCAAAAUAUGGUGCAACUUGUGUAUUGACCUGGUAGCAUUCACCAGUGAAAUAUUCAGAGGAGCCAUCUUCCAGUCCUUGGAUGGAAUUAUUAUUUCAGCUAACUGUAAGCUGAGGAAGAUCUUCACGUUAAAAUCCAAGCCUCAAGAUACAGCUGAAGAAAAUGAUACGUGCCUUGUGCCAUUUACACCAGGUGAGCCCACAGGUGUUAUGCCUCGAUCCUGCCAGCUAAAUACAGACGUGCCACAAGUUACACAACUGCUGAACUUGGCUAAAAUUCACAAGCCAGAAAUAAAAUGCAGGAGUUCUCCAGUAACAAUGCAAGAAACAGCUCGUUUGGUUAAUAGAAGACAAGGCAAUAGGAACAGCAGUAAAACUCAGGAUGUGUCACAUAUUGCAUUUGGAUCAAAGAUCCUUGGACCACCUCCAUCUUCAAACAGAAGAGUCUGCACAAGGGUAUCUGCAGAGGUAACGAAGACUGUGGGUAGCAAAAGUAAUAGGUCACACCAACUUCAAAGUUCAGGAAAAAGAAGUGAAUCCCUACAAAACACUGAGAGACCGGAGGUGUCGUUCUCACCAUGCACUGAUUCUUUAGGUCAAGGAGAUAAAAGAAAUACUCACCAAGCAGCUAAAGAUGUUCAUCAAAAUGAUUCUGCAAUUCAGACUCAGAAUACCUCUGAGAAUGGAAGAACAGAUUUUCAGCUACCCUCACUUCAAGAUCCAUCAACAGACAAGAACAGUCAUAGAAGAUUAUGUCUAAAAAAUGCAGACAAAAACACAUGGGAGAUAACCACUGACGAAUGGGUGUUUCCAGAAAGUUUCACUGAGAACAUGCAGUUGGAUGGGAGCAAGCAGCACGCAGCCACUCAAGAUUCAGCUUGCUGUGAUGUAACCUCACCGGAGAUCACCUCUACUGAACAUCAGGACAAUGAAAUGGGUGAUCACAACAUGAAUCAUAAAGAGAUUUUCACAUUUUCAUCAAGACCUCGAUCAGCUCCUCAUGGGAAAUCCCCAAAUAUAUCACCAGAACACUGUAUUUUCCCUCUGGAUUUGAAGCAAGACAGUAACCACAUCCAGGGGGAAACCCAAACUGAAGAUAACUUUCAAGGAACUGACAGUAGUGAAGAGGACAACAACAGCGACUUCAUCCAGAGUACUGAGAACCUUGAGAUCAGCUGCAGCAGCCAAGGAACGCCUGAUUCAGUAGUUUUUAAAGACAACACAUUAAAGAGGAUAUCACAGAGAAAUGAAAACUGGAAGAACAUGGGAUGCAGCAAACAAAACCUCGAGGAAAGCAUGGUGUCAAAACCACAGAGUUCUGCUGGGCGAAAGACAGAACCAGUCAGCAAUCAGAGAACCUUAAAGCCUACUUUUUCUCUUUCUCCAACUGGAAGUAAAACCGAAUUCUUUAAAGUCAUUCCAGAUGUGUCUGAAAAAAUUGAAAAAUCUGAGGGACUUUCUGGUCAAAUAAAGUCAUCAGUCAGCAAAAACUCCCUCAAGAAAGUCUCAAGAGAAAAUUUGUGUGUGACAACACAGACUUGCGAGUAUGACUGGAAGAACUACCAGUCAAGCAGACUGAGUGCAUCCGAACUGCAGAUGCUGGCUAGCAUGAAGAGGCAACAGAGUGAAGAAUUGAAGGAUACAGGAACCUCACAUGGGUUGAGUGCAUCACAGAUAGACAACUGUAACGUUAACAUGAGUACAAGCAGUGAUGAUACAACAACCUGGAAUUCUUGUUUCCCACCACCCGUCAGUCAGGAGCAUCACUAUCAGAAAGAAAUGAGCCCACUUUCACAUUCCAACCCACGAGACUGGCUGGAUGCAUUCAGUCCCCCCAUCACUCCUGCAAGCCAGAAAUUGGAAGAGCACAUAAAAUCUUCACCAAAUCAGAGUAUUCCAGGUGAAGAUGACCUCAAUGCUGAAGAAGACGAGGAAGUCCUGACUCUAUUGUAUGAUCCGUGUCUGAACUGUUACUUUGACCCAAAUUCUGGGAAGUACUAUGAAUUGGCAUAGUCAGCUCAAAAGGGCACACUGUUCUGUAUUCAGAAUAGACUUAUCUUUUAACUGUUUUUGAAGUGUGACUGGGCUGCAUAAUUUAUCAUGUAAUUUAAAUCUUGAAGUAACCAGUAGUUUUGCAAACAAAUGAAUAUAUUUUGUACAUAGUGUCUUAUUUUUAUAGUUUCACAUUAAGUUGUACUGCAGUGGAAAAUCACGUAGCGUGGAGGUUCCGGUGGGUAAGACAUUUAUUUGUUAGUGUCAUUUAUUUCCAGCAUUCAAAGCUUUUACGUGGGAAUGAAUGCAGGUGAAUCAAGAGCCUUUGUGGUGGUCAUCUCUAGCUUACGGUCUGACUCAAAUAAAAAGAACU